UUUCCUUAUAAGAGCUGCUCCUGCACCAGGUGGUUGGUUGUUUCCCAUCUUUGUCGAAGUUAGUUUGCCGUAUAGAUCUGCCGGCUUAAAAAACAAGACAAAAAGGCGCCUAUCAUGUCUCUCCCACCUGAUGCGGCCUCGGAGGCCGAGUAUUUCCUAGAGGGAGACGCUGGGAUCGCCCGUACCAUCAUGGCCGAAGUUCCUGUUACCGUAUCUUUACGCUCAAAGAAAACCAAGAAACAGACGCCCCAACAAGCUAUCGAUGAGUUUUGGGCCAAAUUCACUACCAAGACACCUGGGAAAGCGACAACCGUUAUCCCUUCCAACCAAUAUGCCGCACGAGCAGCACGACGAUCCUAUCAAGCCGGCGCCGGCACGACCACACAGGCUUCCUACGAAGAGGCGGCAGCCGUGUGCAAGGCCAAAGUCGCCAAAAUCGUCAAGGAGUGCCGCCGUGUGAACCAGAAGUACCGAGAUCCCCACUUUGACCUCGAACUCGAUCUCAAAUGGGGUGACCGCGACACACUUGAAUCGCUAUCCAAUUCGAAGGAGGAGAAUCCCGAAUCACAGUUCCGCCCCAAGAGCGUCAAGCGCGUGCAGGACAUCUUCGACAAACCUAAGUUCUACAUCGACGGGCCGACCGCCAAUGACGUGCGACAAGGGCGAGACGGUGACUGCUGGCUGCUCGCGGCGCUGUGCACCCUCAGUAACAAGCCUAGUCUGAUUGAGCGGGUGUGCGUGGCGCGCGACGACCAGGUCGGCGUCUAUGGCUUCGUGUUCCACCGCGACGGCGAAUGGAUCUCGGAGAUCAUCGAUGACAAGCUGUUCCUCACCAAGCCCGACUUUGACGAUAGCGUACUAGAGCGCAUCCUCUGGGAAGACCGCGAGCGUAUUGAUUCUGAGGAACAGUAUCGCAAAGCUUACCAAUCUGGCUCUGGCGCGCUGUAUUUUUCGCAAUGCGAGCAUGCGAACGAGACGUGGCUACCUCUUCUUGAAAAGGCGUACGCCAAGGCUCAUGGUGACUAUCAGGCAAUUGAGGGGGGAUUCACCGGUGAAGGCAUUGAGGAUCUUACAGGCGGUGUCACGACCGAGCUCUAUAGCACGGAUAUUCUCGAUAAGGAAUACUUCUGGAACGAGGAGUUGAUGAAGGUUAACGAUGAAUUUCUUUUCGGAUGCUCGACAGGGAUGUGGGGAUCCACCUGGGGUGAUCGCAAGGGCAUUGUCGAGUUACAUGCGUAUUCCGUCAUGCGCGCGGUUGAGAUUGACGGGCAGCGCCUCGUGCUGUUGAAGAACCCCUGGGGUAAAUAUGAAUGGACGGGCCCGUGGAGUGAUGGGUCAAAGGAGUGGACGGCUGAGUGGUUGACGAAACUCAACCAUCGUUUCGGCGAUGACGGCAACUUCUGGAUCUCCUACGACGACUUGUUGCGCAAAUACCAGGCCUUCGACCGCACUCGUCUUUUCAGCCCCGAGUGGAAGGUCACCUCUUCGUGGACUACCGUAUCUGUCCCUUGGACACUCGACUACCACGACACGUACUUCGAAUUCUCUCUGGCGAAGACGGGGCCCGUGGUGCUCGUCCUCUCGCAGCUUGACACGCGGUAUUAUCGCGGCCUCGAGGGCCAGUAUUGGUUUGAGUUGAACUUCCGUCUGCACAAAAAGGGCCAAGAGGAUUACGUCGUCCGUAGUAUCGCCCCCUAUCGCCAGACUCGCUCUGUCAACGUUGAGCUGGAGCUGGAAGCCGGCGAGUACAUCGUGCUGAUGAAAAUUAAUGCGACUCGGAAUCUGGAUAUUCAACCUAUAGAAGAGGUGAUACGCAAAUAUGCCCGGGAUCGCAGGGACAAGCUCGUAUCCGUGGGCAUGUCGUACGACCUGGCUCACAGUAAAGGCAAGGUCAUUGAGACUAAGGAGGAGAAAGAAGCGAAAAAGGCCGCCGAGAAGCGCGCCAAGGACAAGGAGCGCGAGGAGUUCAAAAAAGAGUUUAUGUCGGCCCGUCGUGAUAGUCACUAUAUAAACACCAAGCAGCACCAAAAGCGGAAGGAAAAGAAUGCGAAGACGAAAGCUAAAGAACGCGCGAAGCGUAGUGCCAAAGACGAAGCAGACAAAGCUGAUGCUCCGUCCAGCACGAAGGGCGACGGCGAGGCGGGGCCGACUGAGGCUGCCGAGAUGCUUGAGAAGAUGAAAGUGUCGGAUACACAAACAUCGACGGAUAAACCAGAAGACGAGAAGAAUUCACAAAUUAUUGCCCCUGACGCCACCGCCAAGUCAUCUACGGCAUCUAGUGGCGAUGCGCCCAAGGCAAAGCCCGAAACGAAAGAAGAUGAUGCUCCGUCUUCGAAGGCCGAAGAUUCUGAGACGAAGGAAGACUCAUCUAAUCAACAGAAGCAAGAAGAGGUCCCAAAAGACGAACAAAAGUCCGACGCAGAAGAUACACUUCCCCCGGCCCCCGGACCACCUACGCCGCCGCCGGCCGGGGACGAAGACUCGGACACUGAAUCCUCCAUAUCCUCGAUAUCAGAAAUCACAGCGCGCGAGCUCGACAUCCGACUCCGCGAGCGCGCCGAGACGCCCGUACGUCCACCGCCCCCAGCCCCGCCGGCCGCAGAGGAAGAAGAAGACGAGUUCGAGAGCAAUCCGUGGAACGCGGUCGCCACGGUCGGCUUGCGCGUGUACUACAAGGUUGCGCUUGCUAGCGGUGGGGAUACAGACGAAGAGAUUGUCAAGUUGCGCGUUGUCAGGCCGAAUCCGUACGCGAUUAAUAGGGAUGAGGAGGGAGGUGAUGAGAAAGAGGAGGAGGAUGGCGAGAAGAAAGCUAUGGGGUUGGAUGUUGAUGACAGUGCUAAAGAGUGAGUGUUUCUCUCCUGAUUUCUAUGGCUUGCGCCUUGUUUUGUUUCUGGAGAAGCUAGUUGACUGAUUCGUUUUUUUGCUUCGAUAUAGUGCC